UCUUCAUCGCAAGCUCUGGUGAAAGCCUUGAAAAAUCUAAGCCUGUGGUUGGUGGUUGGAUUAUUCUUUGGCCAUUUCUUCACUCUUCUUUCUCUCUGUAUCUUGCUGUGAAACUGACAAAGAAGGAAUGAAAACAAGAACACUUCAAUAAAGCUUCCUUUUCCAAUUUCCCCUCUGGCUCUGUUAGCCCCACCAUCUCCAUUUCUGUUUUUUUCCUGAAAUCAUCGACAAUUCUAAUGGGGAUUUUUUGUGGGCGAGUGAAGAAAUACGAAUUUGUCGGCAAUUUCAUAUGGACCCACGUUUUUCAAUAAUGUUCUAAACAAAUCCCUCUUCUUCUCAUUCUCUGAACACUUCACUCACUGUCCCAUGUGCAACGAGCGCCUACUGUUUGGAGCCUUCGAUCCAAUGAAUCGGCUGUUGAGGCUAUGACCCAUUUGUAAAAUUAUCUAUCUCUCUUGAUUUUCGCUUUUUUUCUGUGAUUUGGGUUUCAUGGAUCCUCGCACCCGUCUGGAUCAUGCUCUGUUUCAGCUCACUCCGACCAGAACCAGAUGUGAUCUGGUUAUCUCCGGCAUUGGAGGUGCGACUGAGAAACUGGCAUCUGGGCUUCUUCAGCCGUUUAUCUCCCACCUCAAAUGUGCUAAGGAUCAGAUUUCCAAGGGGGGUUACUCCAUUACUCUUCGCCCUGUUGCAGGAUCAAACGCUUCUUGGUUCACUAAGGGCACCCUUCAGAGAUUUGUGAGAUUUGUUAGCACUCCUGAAGUUCUUGAGAGAUUUGUUACUACAGAGAAGGAGAUUGUUCAGAUUGAAAGUUCUAUGUCCACAGAUGCAGAAGGAAACACAACGACUGCUGAUUGGAACUCGAAAAAAUCUAGCCCCACCUCGAGGGUGAAGGGAAAUUCGGAUGAAUAUAACGACGAUGCUGCGUCGAAGGAGAAUCCCAAGGUCUGCCUUCAGCGUGUUCUAGAGACUCGAAAAGCAGUGCUGCACAAAGAGCAAGCAAUGGCUUAUGCCCGUGCUUUAGUCGCAGGAUAUGAGCUGGAUCAUAUUGAUGAUCUUAUAUCUUUUGCUGAUGCUUUUGGAGCUUCACGUUUGAGGGAAGCAUGUAUAAACUUUAUGGACUUGUGCAAACAAAAGAAUGAAGAUAAACACUGGAUAGACGAAAUAGCAGCUAUGCAGGCAUUCUCCCAGCCAGCAUUUCCUUACUCAGAAACUUCCGGUAUUGUACUAGCCGGUGAAGACAACGAAACUAACGUCAAUGCUCAAGCACCAAGAUCGGAUUCGACUGCAAGUCAAGGAAGUUUGGAUAACAAUCAAGACGGUAGCCUUCCAAAAUCGGCGCAAAUGCCAUCGUUGAAUGGGAAAGCUCAAAUGCCAAUGACAUGGCCGAAUCAUCUUCCUCAGUAUAUGCACAACUUUCAUGGUCCAUAUCAAGGAUAUCUCUUGCCUGGAAUGCAGAUGCCACCACCAUAUUACCCAGGGAAUAUGCAGUGGCGAUCCAAUGCCGAUGACUCGAGUCUUGUUUCUGAUCGAGAACCGAAUGGUCGUAGGAGUUCUAAAUCUCAUAAGAUGAAGAAGAAACUUUCACAUAAGGAGGUUCCCAGAACUUCAGAACAAGAAGGAACUACUGAGUCAAGUGAAUCCAGUGUUGACAGUGAAUCAGAUGAACACUCCGAUGACGAGAGGAUACGUAAGAAGCGGCAUGGAAAGAAGUCCUCACGAACGGUUGUUAUUCGAAAUAUCAAUUACAUAACCUCAAAGAAGAAUGGUGAUAAGGGCAGCCACUCAGAGGAUGAUUCAUCUGAUGAGGGUGAGUUUAUUGAUGGGGAUUCCAUCAAACAGCAGGUAGAGGACGCGGUCGGGACGUUGGAGAGAAGACAUAAACCAACGAGUCGACGCCAAAAGAAACAGAAUGGCUAUGGCAAUGCUGAUGGCUUAAAUGAUUCUGCAGGACAGGAGACUAACCGGGUGUCGAACAAUUCCGAGGGAGAAAAGAUCAGUAGCCCAUGGGAUGCUUUCCAGAGUCUUAUUAUGCGAGAAAACGAGCCUGAUAACUCGGACAAACUGUCCUCGAUUCAGAAUCAAGACAUCCAUUUUACAGAAUCAGAGAAAGCACCAAGACAGCGUGAAGUUUCAAGUGAUUCUUUCAUCAUGACAGACAGGAACUCAGCUAAUGAAGGAAGAACACAUAUUGAAAACUUUGAAGCUGGUGAUGUUUCCAACCCAAUUAACAGGAGAGAAAGCACAUAUGAAGAGCUAUUAUUUUCACAAAGAGGCGGAGAAUCGAGGAACGAUGCACAUUCCACCGCGUCCGAUUUUACCAACAUGUCUUUGAGAAUGAAAAAUCAAAGAGAUGGUGAUUGGUUUGUCAGAAAUCCAGCUGAUAAAUCCGACAAUCAGUAUCACAACAUCGGUCCCGGAGUUUACGACACCGACUUCUCUUCAUCAGCUCAGGAACAUCUCUAUGCAGAGAAACACAAAAAAGAUGUUUUGGCUGAUGACUCUUUCAUGAUUCAGCCUCGACCAAUAGUAGACGACCAAUCCAACUUUCAAUCGAGACGAAACAUAAGCAUGGUAUCGGACAUUAUUGGGGAUACCAAACAAGAAACCUCAAGAGAUGAUAAGCCUGCAACUUUUGGUGUCAGUGAACCAGAUGACCUUUACAUGAUGCUCGAUCGAGACAUAGCUAUAGAGCAUACCGUAGCAUCUUGGACACCUGAAAUGGACUAUGAAAAUAACUUUUCGACCAUAGCCAAUGGUAAACACAAUGAUAUUGGACCCGACCGUGGUGACGAUCACGAGUCACCUGGUUUGGAAAAGAGCAACAAAAAUAAAGAAUCUGGGAGCAAAGUUUCAAGUAAAGAAGCAAAAUCCAAAGCGUUGGGAGGAUCUCUUGUUCAAUCAAGAACAAGAAAACCAGUUUCUGGUAGCAGAACUAUAGUUCAUAAGAGCAAAUUUGAGAAGGAAGAAGAGACGAGAAAGAGAAUGGAAGAACUGGCGAUUCAGCGCCAGAAAAGAAUCGCUGACCGGAGCACAUCGAGUAAAUUUGGUAGUGUGAGUUCUAAGCCUGGUGUGUCUAAGAUUGAGAAGCCAAAAAGCCAAGCCCAGGUUCAAGAAGAUAAGAAGUCACCUAAGCCUGUGCUUAGGAGUUCGACCAUAGAUCGCCUUGCAACGGCUCGUACACCUCAGAAGUUGUCUGUAACUCGAUCGCCAUCAGGUCAACCAAAAAAGGCGAUCUCAUCAGGAAAGCUCCUGAAAACCGACAGUAAGAACCUUAUCUCGAACAAAGUAAAACCUUCCAAUUUAAAAAACGGGCACAAGAAAUUGAGCAAGGCACUUUCUUCUGAUUCUUAUGGUCAGACAACAACGGAUGGCAAGAACGACGAAGCAGCAUUGCCAGCUGAGUCGACGAUAUCGAUACCGAUUGCAACUCAACCGAUCGACAACGUCGAUGACGAUAUGGAAGAUGUUAAGGAGCUACACACUACCCAUUCAGUGGAGAAAAAUGAUGAAACUUUUCUUAGUAAUUCAAACGACAAGGUUUUGUCUGUGCCAAUUGAAGAACAUACAGAUUUAGUGGUCUUGUCCAAUAAAGCCUUAGACCCUUCAGUUAUGAACACUGGAGAAAAUGGGGUAGCUGAUCAUAUUGAAGCCACACCCGAAAUUUCUGAGAUCGAGAUCGAAAUCUCGACUCCUCCUCCCUCGACGAACGACAUGAUCUCGGAGUAUACGAUACACUCGAGGAAGAAAUGGAUGAGUGAUGAAAACUCUCCCAAAGCACCUAAAGGGUUCAGAAAGCUACUCUUUUUCGGACGUAAAACCCGAAACACGUCCACAGAUUGAUCCUCAAUCGGUUUAUUCUCUGGUUAAUUGGGUUCCUUGCUAGCGGAUGAUUGUCUUGAAUUAUUUGUUGAGAUUGUUUGAUUGUUCUGCAGAUAAUAGGUGAGUGAUGAGUGAGAUGAAGCUAGUAGAUGAUCCUUGUUCUUAAUAAGGCCAUGGAUGAUGCUGCCAUGUUUGGAUUGGUGUUGUAACUUAUAUUGUUUCAUUUUUUUUGCUUCAAGAGAGUUGUAAGAGGCAAUGCUUAUUCAUUGGUUUGUAUAA